AGCAUCUCCCGUCCUUCAGCCUCCCGGCUUCCUGAAUCAGCAGCGAAGCAGCCAGGCUGGGGCCUGUCAAAGACUGGCCAGAUUGAUAGGUGGCCCAGCCAACCAGAUGCAAGGCUGCAAGGCCAGCUGCCCUCCUCCUGGGAGAAAUCAGGCAAGGGAGAUUCCGGGUCAGAACAGUCACAGCCUUGCUCAGGGAUUUCAGCUGCUGAAAGAGGAGCGAGAGGACCAGCCGGCCAUCAUGUCUGCCCACCUGUUUGAGGGGAAGGACCAUGCGGCCAUUUACCGGAAGCACAGGUUCCCUCCCCCGGACGAGCUCCUCAGCAUCAUCUUCUCCUUCUUAGAAGAGAAGAAAGGAAAACCCUACGAUCUAGCUGUGGAUGUGGGCUGUGGAUCAGGCCAGAGCACUCAGGUUCUGGGCCCUCACUUCGCCAGGGUCUUGGGCACAGACAUCAGUGAGGCACAGAUCCAGCAGGCCCAGCAGGCCCAGAACCAGGCCAAUGUGUCAUACCGCGUCUGCCCAGCAGAAAAUCUCCCUGUAGAGGAUGCCUCUGUGGACCUGCUCACUGCCUUCACGGCAGCCCACUGGUUUGACCUGAAGGCCUUCAUGAGGGAGCUGGAGCGGGUCCUGAAGCCGGGGGGCUGUGUCAGCCUCAGCUCCUACAUCCCGAGCAUCAGGAUUCACUACGGAGACUGCUCGGCGGAGCUCAACGCCAUCUUCCAGGAGACUCAGACCGUCCUUAACAAGUAUGCCAACGAAAAAGUGAGUAUCGUCCGUUCGGAAUACCAAGAGAUAUUCGAUCUCGUGCCUUUUCCUGACAAAAAAAGAACUCUUUUUCAUUCAAAAGAAGUUUCCUUUACAGUCGCCAGCCUGAUGGGAUUUAUGCAAUCUUUCUCCAUGUUCCAGACUUUUCAUAAUGCCCAGCCAGAGGCAGCCAAAGCCCUCCUGCACCAGACUCAGGAGAGAUUCUUGAAGACCAUGAAAGUAUCUUCCCCCGAAACGGAACUGGGGAUAUCGUUCAAAUACGUGUGUGUUUUGGCUUGCAAGGCCCCCACGAAGGAGAAGGUGGCGCCUUAGUUUCCAAAGAAACACAAUUCCUCACCUUGGACCCAGUCCAAGUCCAAUAAAGAGGUCCAGAGUCCCAAGAA